AGGGAGAGCCCGCGGCCGGGGGACGCGGGGGGAGCAGGAGGCGGGCUCCCAAUCCGGUUCCAUCCGGUUCUCCCACCGCCCCCGCUGCGGGUCUCAGCAGCUCGGGCGGCGGGAGCGACGGCAGCGGCCAGGCAGCCCAGCUUCGCGAAGGCUCUCGGCGCGCCGCGGCCCGCAGGCACCCGGCACGCGCCCUCCCCGCCGCCAAGAUGCCCAAGAGGAAGGUCAGCUCGGCCGAAGGCGCGGUGAAGGAAGAGCCCAAGAGGAGAUCUGCGCGGCUGUCAGCUAAACCUGCUCCUGCAAAAGUGGAAACGAAGCCCAAAAAGGCAGCAGCAAAGGAUAAAUCUUCAGACAAAAAAGUGCAACCAAAAGGGAAAAGGGGAGCAAAGGGAAAACAGGCCGAAGUGGCUAACCAAGAAACUAAAGAAGAUUUACCUGCAGAAAAUGGAGAAACUAAAACUGAGGAGAGUCCAGCCUCUGAUGAAGCAGGAGAGAAAGAAGCCAAGUCUGAUUAAUAUCAUAUACCAUGUCUUAUCAGUGGUCCCUGUCUCCCUUCUUGUACAAUCCAGAGGAAUAUUUUUAUCAACUAUUUUGUAAAUGCAAGUUUUUUAGUAGCUCUAGAAACAUUUUUAAGAAGGAGGGAAUCCCACCUCAUCCCAUUUUUUAAGUGUAAAUGCUUUUUUUUAAGAGGUGAAAUCAUUCACUGGUUGUUUAUUUUUUGGUACAACCAGAAAAUAGUGUGGGAUAUUGAAUUAUGGGAGGCUUUGACUGGCUUGGGUGUCAGCUUAACAUUCCAUAGAUGGGGGUUAGUUUUUAUAUCCUAUAAUAUAAAGCAUACUAAAUGGCAAUAUGGAGUCCCAGGCCUGCAUUUAAUGUCUUGAACAUUUUAAAUUACUUCUAUUCCCAUGUUGUUUUUUAGUAGACUUGUUUCCUAAAGAAAACCACUCCUUGAUCAUGGCUGUCUCUGUCAGAAUUGCGUAUACUCUGUAACAUCUUUGGUCGUGGUGGUCCUGUUUUCCUAAUAACUUUGUUAAUGUGCUGUGAAGGAUUGAAAAUUUGAGUAUGUAGUAUAUAUGAUAAUAAAUUGUGAAUUGGUGGGACUUAUGUAACAGUUUAUCAACAUUUGAAGAUAACUGGUACUUGAUAUCUUCUUAAGGAAAAUUUGCCUCCAAAUUUUAAGCUGGAAAGUCACUGGAAUAACUUUUAAAAAGAAUUAAAUGGCUUUUUAGAUUUUCGGUACGUAUGUUAAGAAUUGUGUACAAAUUGAAAUGUCUGUACGGAUCCUCAACCAAUAAAAUCUCAAUU